UGAUGUUAGUAAAGAUGGGGUUAAAGUUCUUGAACAAGAACCCUCAAAUAAAGAGGGAUUUUCAGACACUUAUUUUAGUUAUAAGUUAGAGGAGGAGUUUAACUCUCCCUUUAAGACUGUUGCCACUAAAGGCCUGGACUUUGACCCCUGGUCCAGUAAAGGUGCAGAGGAAGAAGUCGUUGUUGACAUGGGAGGGAUGCAGGGGGUCAACGGUGAGCCUAAACCUUUUGGACUAGCAGUGGACGAACAGUCUCAGGCCACUACACCAGAUACUACCCCAGCCCGAACACCAACGGAUGAUAGUACCCCGACGAGUGAGCCAAAUCCAUUCCCCUUCCAUGAAGGGAAGAUGUUUGAGAUGACACGCAGUGGGGCAAUUGACAUGAGCAAGAGAGACAUGGUGGAGGAGAGGCUCCAGUUUUUUCAGAUUGGUGAGCAUUCCUAUUCAGCAGGCAAGUACAAUGUCAGAGACUCAGAGAUAGUGGCCUCCAUACAACACAGAGAUCAUUUUAGUACUCAGGGUCCCACAAACACCUCAUCAAUCCCUCAAGUAUCCAUUCAGACUACAACUGUCAAGCUUGAAGUGUCAAAUCUAGCUGGCAGUUACAGCACAUGCAGAAACUCAGCUUCCACCACUGAGCUUAAAUUCUCCACUUUUAGAACAGAAUUCAAAUUGCCAUCGGAUAAACAUUCUGGUUCUCCAGAUAGCAAUAUUAAAUGUAGAACACCAUGUACUUUUAAUGACAUGCCAUCAGGAACAGCUUUAGAUUCUAUUAGUUCUUAUGAUGUAGCCUCAAACCAUGAAGAUUCUUUUGAUCUUAAUUCAUUAGACCCGGCAGAUUUUUAUUCAAACCACACAAUUCAUUCAUGUAUGUCCAAACCAAGGGACCAUUUGGAUUGGUCCUCAGGUAAUCAGGAUAUUUAUUACCAAAGCACAGAUUGUUUUUCUGCACCUUCACAAGAUAGAAGUAAUUCUCAAACAUGGAGUACCAAUACCAGUUGCAAUAUCCCUGUCUCCCAUUUUGUAGAUUCAGAUGUUGUUCAGACUGGUAGUAAUUUGUUGUCCUCAUCAGGACUAACAGAGAUAAGCAGGAUAGAUGCUGGCUUCAACCAGCUAGAGGUGAAAAGUAGGGAAGGCAGGUUUUGUCCUAAUGUAGCAAUAAUAAACAUGGGAGCCAAAGAGGUCAAAGCACAGAUAUGCAAGUCCAAGUUGCCGGUUAGGGUGCCCGACCACAAACUUUGUAGCCAAACUCGAGCAAUAGGGAAAGGCAAAGCACAAGAAAAUGUUGACAGAUUUCGAGAUAAGAAGCAUGCAAUACAUAAAGUCAGGGAAAGAUGUGACCCGUUUGAAACUCUAUUUCCUAAAUCUAGAAUCCCAGUAAUGAAAGCCAUCCAGUACUCCUCUUCCUCUCAGGGUGCAAAGCGGGUUACUAACAAAACUGUAAUUGAUAGAAGCAUUAAAAAAAACAUUGGUAAAAAACAGCAAACUAAAUGCACAACCAGCACUGAACAAAAACGCAGUUUAGUAAAAAUCUCAGGUAGGAGUCGCACAGAUGAGACAGGGAGGAAAACUUGUUUAGUCGUCCCCAAAAACUUUAAAGCAAGGUCAGUUAGUAGCCAGGUAGCCAAAUCUUUGGACCAAACCAUUCCUAAGGAGGCUGAAACAAGGUUAGAAGGGAAAAAGCUGCCCACUGAGGAUGAAGAGAGCUGCAGUCUCAGCACUACCAGGAACACUUCCCUGUCAGAGACACCUACAUCUUCUAGAGGUUCCUGCCCUUCACGCACCUCUACCUCCACCUCCACCUCCACCACAACAUCAACACCAUCAGCUAGAGAUGUGAAAGCUGAGGUUGAGCAGGCCAGCAGUGAGAUGAGGAGGAGCAAGAGGAAGAGUAGGCGGACUCUUGGAGAAAAGGAGCAUAAGUUUGAUCAACCAGUCAAGGCUCCUGUCUCGGAGAACAAGACUAGCCCUCAGAGUCCCUGCGAGAGAACAGACCUCCGUAUGGCAAUAGUAGCUGACCACCUUGGACUCAGCUGGACUGAGCUGGCCAGGGAGCUGGAAUUCUCUGUGGAGGAGAUCAACUUCAUCAGAGUGGAGAACCCAAAUUCCCUGACAGCACAGAGCUUCAUGCUCCUUAAGAAAUGGGUGCACAGGGACGGUAAAAAUGCCACAACGGAUGCUUUAACUACGGCGCUGACUAAGAUCAAUCGGUUGGAUAUUGUGACUUUGCUGGAAGGGCCCAUAUUUGACUACGGUAACAUUUCAGGCACACGCUGCUUUGCCGAUGAUAACGCAGUAUUCCCGGAUCAGUCCGAUGGUAAAGUGUAGCCCACCCUAGCUGAAUUCUCAGUCUAUCUCUCAGUCUAUCCCUUCACCCUUCUUCACCUCUUCUCUCAGCCCGAUAGUCGGAGCUAACCGUGUCAACAAACACAGACCCAAUCAGGCCUAACCUGAAUAGUGGGAGUUAAUUAGACGUGAAUCGAAAUGACUUCAUGCUCCAGCAGGUUUACUUAGCUUCUAUCUAACAGACCAUCAGGUGAUAAUAGCAUUAGAUUUGUCUUUAUUAAGCUGUUAAGCCCAGUCAGCUUGUUAGUUUUGCAGCACCUUGCAAUGAAACCUCUUAAAACGUCACUUGUUUCAAUUAAGUGCAAGGAAGUCUGUGCCAGUAUGGGUGCAUGAGACGUUUUAGUAUGUGUGGCUGUUUUUGUAAACCGUCCAAAAAGCAUGAUCUUGAAGUAAAUGUGAGUUAUGAAUGAAUUGGUGUUUCUGUCCCAUCUGAAAAAUGCUGAUAAUUGUAUUUAUUUAGAUAAUAACAAUAAUAAGGGCACUGGUUAGGGCACUGGUUCAAGAGUAGUUACAUGUAUGUGUCUGUUACAGGUGUAAAUAUUUAAUUUUUAACAUAAUUAUAACACUUAAUAACAAUGGCAUGCUUGUUUUAACCAGUAUGAAAGUCCUUUCCUCCCUCUUUCUGUGUUUCUCUCUUUCUUCUUAAAUGAAAUUUAAAUGUGGCAGCUAGUAGUUUUCCUAAUUUUGACUUUGUGGGUCGUCUUAGGGCCCUGUGAACACAAGGAUCAGUGUUACUUUUGCCUUGGCCAACGCUGAACGCAAAACGUGAUCUUUUUGUAAAGAUGAUUUAAAGUGAAACCAAUCUAUGGCCAAAAAGAUCAACAAAAUGCAUGGCUGUGGCUUUGUAUGAGAGGCUACCUGUUGAAUUAUUGUCACCUGUCGUUGACAAUAAUACACUUUUUAAACACAUUUCAAAUGGGUGGAAACCUUUUUUCAACACAUCCGCGAGUGUUGCCGCGUGGCACGCGCCGACGAGGACGAGCUCUGCCCCGGGCGACACUUCAACAUGGGUUGAAAAUGAAACACCCUUUUUUUUCCAAAGUGGACAGUAUAUGAUUAUGCUUGUGUGUCACUGCUGUAAGCUGUACUGUAGCCCGUCAUCCCCUGGGAUCCUCCGAGCCUCCCAGCGUCUCCGCUCUGCUGUAGCUUCUCCUGCCGCCUCCUCCUCUCUGCUCCUCUUGCUUCUAAAUGACUAACCACUAAAGCAAAUUCCCUUGACACACCAUUAAGCCACAAUAACCAGCAAGUUCUCCCCAAUGGCUAACACUUUCUUCUUUU